CGCUGGACCUUGCACUGAGACUGAGACGUAGCAUGGAUUCUGUUUUCACUCUGAGAAUGUAGGAAAGGAGGUAUUUUGGUAAAAUACUUUGAUUGCUGGAGCAAACGGUGUUACGAUGAGAAGUCUGGUGGUUGCUUAAAAUUGCCUCAACAAAUAGUCUUCAAAGGAACAACUAAGAGCAUUGAAGCUUUAUCAUCUUCAAUAGGCAAAAGUAGAACAGAAGGAUGGAUAUGGAGACAAGCACAAUUCCUCCAAAGCCCCCCAGGCUGGCAGUAGAUGAAGACACACUUGCAUCCCAGGUACUAGAGAUCAUCGGUGGGAUCACUCGUGAAGCCCUGCAGACCCUCCAGGAACCCGAGGAAAAAGACGUGUGGUUAAUGGAGGAGGGAGAUGACUCUGUGUUCUACAGUGACGAGGACCAAGUUCAUCAGGACAUUACAACUUGUGGUUUUGGUGCCAACGGGUUUAAGCCUCUUGUCAACAGUGUGGCAGAUGUUGAGGAAGAGCCAGGGGAAGAAUACAUUACUGACAAAGAAAGUUCAGAGUUGAAGGAGGAAUUGAAUCAGCACGUCAUCGUGGAUGAACAAGAGUUACGCCAAGAAGGCCAAACAGUAACAACUCAACCUAUGGAUCAGUCAGAUCCACAAACAGAGUCUGAUCUAACCUCAGAGAAGUCAGAGAGCGCCUGUGGAGAAUCUUCUAAGUGCACUAUUGCAGAGAUGCAAACAGCGCAAAACACAUCAGCUGAAAAAGUGAAUCUACCAGUUGAGAAAGAAGGAGUAACACCAAACCCUGAGCCCUCUGCUGUCACUAAUGAGCGGGGCUAUGGCAGGCUGAAUGGGGAGGCAGACGUCUCACAGCAGAUGUCUAAUGCUGAUCUCCAGGUAUCAGGUGACAGGCCGCUUCAGGUGGAGCCAGAGGAGGAGCGCAACUUCCUCAUCCCUGGGGGGUUUCAUCAAAAGCUCAGUCCAGGCUACUCCACUCUGCCUCUGCCGAAGAAAUCGUGCAGCAGCGACGGCGACCAGAAAUCCUUCAGCCACCUCACUUCCCCCAAAUACGGCACCGUGUCCUACCGCAAGAUCCGCAGAGGAAACACCCGCCAGAAGAUAGAGGAGUUUGAGUAUAUGAUGAUGAAUUUGUAAGAAGAUCUAACUGAUGGUACAGUUUACAUACUUAUUUGUUUGAAACAUCUAAUUGUACAAAGCAUUAACAUUUCUGAUGUAACUUUAGAGUCACACAAGAUUUCCAAAUGAAGAGCAUUAUUGAUAUCAGCUGUGCAUUAUCUGAUUUGAGAGCAAUGCUUAAAAGACAUCUUGUAUGUUCUGCUUUUCAUUUGAUGGUUUUAUGUGGAAAACAUCUUGUUAUGUAAGGCAGGUAUUUGGGCAGUGGAUUACACUAAAGACGCUCAGGGCUUUAUAAUCCUACUCACUAUAAUAACUAUACGAUGUUUGGUAUUAAAACGUUAGCAUUUUAAUCUCUAGGGUAAUAAUUUACAAGAGAUUAACCAAAACAUUCAUACUUCAUGUCUUAGUAAUGGCAACUGUAUUAAAAACAUAUAAAAA